UAAAAUGUUUGACUUCCAUCCAUCAGCUCAAACCAUCCCCUCAAUCCUCGCAGGACUGUGAGCCACCUGCGCGUCGGUUCCCAGCACCUCUGACGUCCAGUUCUUCUCUUGACGAGGCAACCUGUUACUCAAGGAAACAGAGAAGGCGAGAUAUUACAGCAAAACAAAACGGCCUUUUUUUCUCCGUGGGAUUAAAAGCGAGAGGGAAACGCAACUUCAUUUAAAGUAAAUAUAAAAAGAAGGAAAGGAAAAGUGUUACCUGACAGAAGGUCAGGAAUCAUGGCAGCGCUUGCCGGAGGUUUACCCAGAAUGAUGAGGCCAACUCCUCACCAGAGCUAUCCGCGGGGAGGAUACUCUCUGGAAGUGUCCACUCCGUUAGGACAGGGUCGGGUCAACCAGCUGGGUGGUGUCUUCAUAAACGGCAGACCUCUACCCAACCACAUCCGCCACAAAAUCGUGGAGAUGGCCCAUCACGGUAUCCGGCCGUGUGUCAUCUCCCGUCAGCUGCGGGUGUCCCACGGCUGCGUGUCCAAAAUCCUCUGCCGGUACCAGGAGACAGGCUCCAUCAGGCCGGGGGCCAUCGGAGGCAGCAAGCCAAAGCAAACUGCUUCUCCAGAGGUGGACAAGAAAAUCGAAGAGUACAAGAGAGAAAACCCUGGCAUGUUCAGCUGGGAAAUCAGGGACAAAUUGCUGAAAGAUGGGAUCUGCGACAGGAACAACGUUCCCUCAGUGAGCGCAAUCAGUCGCAUCAUGCGCUCUAAAUUCGGCGGAGUUGGUGAUGAUGAAGAAGAGGAUGAUGAAGAAGUGAAGAGGGAGAUGGAGGAAAGCGAGCCACGGACAAAACACAGCAUCGACGGCAUCCUGGGAGACAGAUCCAGUCACUCGGACGAGGCCUCUGACGUGGACUCGGAGCCAGGCCUGCCUCUGAAGAGGAAGCAGCGCCGCAGUCGGACCACCUUCACAGCGGAGCAGCUGGAAGAGCUGGAGAGGGCCUUUGAACGCACACACUACCCAGACAUCUACACACGGGAGGAGCUGGCUCAGCGGGCCAAACUGACGGAGGCUCGAGUUCAGGUGUGGUUCAGCAACAGAAGAGCCCGGUGGAGGAAGCAAGCAGGAGCCAGUCAACUGAUGGCAUUUAACCACCUCAUACCCGGUGGUUUCCCUCCGUCGGCUAUGUCAGGCCUGCAGCCCUAUCAGCUGUCCGACAGCCCCUACACUCCUACUUCUAUAGCUCAAGCAUCUGAGCAGCCCAGUACAGUCCACCGACCGCAGCCUCUGCCCCCCACCUCCGUGCACCAGAGCGGACUCGGUUCGUCAGCAGGCUCCCAGGAUGGAGGCUCUGCGUACUGCCUGUCAUCUGGGCGUCACAGCUUCUCAGGAUACUCAGACAGCUUUGUGGCCCCAACAGGACACACCAAUAGUGUCAACCCCACCAUCAGCAACAGCCUCUCACCACAGGUAAUGGGUCUGUUGAACCCAAGCGGAGUGCCACAUCAGUCUCAGAGUGACUUUGCUCUCUCCCCACUGACCGGAGGCCUGGAGCCUAAUGGAGGCAUGGCUGCCAGCUGUCAUGGCUCUCAGCGCCUCGAGGCUCUACCGGGUCUGACGAGUAUGCCCACGCUGCCUAGCACCCAGUCUUACUGCCCACCUUCCUACACCUCCCCAGCCUAUGCCAUGGACCACCACCCAUCCUACCAGUAUGGACAGUACAGCCAGAGCAAGGUGCCUUUCAUUAUAUGAAGCCCCCAACAUGGUUGGAACAGGAGGCUUCCUGGCCGGUCUGACAUUCAUCGCCAGAAAACACCCCCAGCCCUGAGGACAGAGAGAGAGAGAGAGAGAGAGUGAGAGAGAGAGAGAGAGAUGUUGGGUGGGUGAAGGGGUUGAGGUUUUUCUCCUCCAGCAACGGGAACCAGUUGAGAUGGAGUUUGUAGUGAUGGCCAUGGAGGGGGUUGACUGCAAUAAUUAGGACCAAAGGCACAGCCUCUCCUGUUACCUGGCAGUCGCUUUGCUUGUAUGUCACGUCAUGCUCCAAGGACCAAGCAUGGUUUGUAGUCCGUGGAUAAAGAGGAAAAGAAGAGGGGUGGGGAAAGGGGAGUAAAUACAUUCAAGACUGUGUAUUUGUUUUUUGUAAUAAGCGGCAGAGAUGCAAGUUGAGGUGGACUUGCUAAGUGCGCCCCGUGCUUCUCUUCAUCACAAUGUCUUAGAAAAAUAAUAUUUACUGUACAUUGAUGUCAUUCUUGUGUAAGACAUUGGAGAUGAAAAUGUGACUACACCGGAAGAACCAGAAGAAAGGCGCAUGAAUCAAGGCGGAGUGGAGUCAUCGUGAAACCACUGCAACCCAAAGAAAGUGCAAUACAUUCAUACCUCAUGUGAUGUAAAUUAACACAGAUCGAAUGCCCCUGAUUGUACCUUCAAAGAUAUUAUGUUGUCUCUUUCUAAUGUCAAUAAUUUUGGGUUGUGUGCAUUGAUCAAUCAGGGGAAAUCAUCAAGCGAUGAAAAAUAGCAAGCGUAGUCGUGAUUUCAUGAAGCCAAAAAAUUCUCUGCCAGUGAAUACGUUAUUCAGUUUGACAGUUAAUUUUUUUUACUUUUUUUUUGUUUUUUUUUUGCAUGUGUUAAAUUAGUUUUAACCAGGAACUUGCAAACUUUAGUUCCGUUUUCUAUUUAUUUAGUGUCGUUCAAAUGUUAUGUCUUUU